UGUUGCACAGACAGGAAGUUCCAGGUCAGGGGUCAAGGAGCAGGAAGUGGAUGGAAACCAUUGCUCUAACUGGCAGCAGGAGAAUGUCCGCUGUGCACCAUACAACUGCCUAUGUUGCCAUGGAGAAGGACGAGAAGAGUCACAUGACGGAGAGGAUGCUAAACCUGACUCUGGAGAUCAUCUACCUGCUGACCGGAGAGAAAUAUGCUGCCGUGAAGAUGACAUGCAUUGAGGGUUUCUUCCAAGGGAUGUAUCCACCUAUGUCAGAAAGAUGGUGUAGAAGCCAGAAGGCCAUCGCAGUGCCUCCACCAAUUCUUGAGCGAAACAACGUGGAGAAGAUUCAAGACAUCACCAACAUGCUCAUUGAGCUGCUGACGGGAGAGGUUCCUAUAAGCUGCCAGGAUGUCACAGACUGUCUCUCCAAGGAGAAUGAUUAUUUAGAAGGUCAUAAGGAGCUCUACAAGGACGCCAUGAUGGAGAAUCGGCCGCCCCUCACAUCACCGGGUAAGAGGAGACUUUAUUGUAAAGGAGAUGGGUCCACCUAGAUCUCCCAUCAUCUGAUAAACACAUAGAAACAAUGUGUGUGCUUCCUACAGAUGGAUCCAGUAGUAGAGGUUCACCAGAAAGAUG